AUGCUGUUUCUGCUGACCCUGGGCCUCCUCGCCAGUCCCGCCUGCCAGGCCCAGGAGAUGCAGGGCCUGGGAGGCGGCACCUACUUCUACAUCCAGGGCGAGGAACAGGGGGAGAUCCGGGCCAUCCGCGUCUUUGUGGGCAUCCUGGGCUUCAUCAAGGGCAUCCAGCUGCGGUUCGGCUCGGCCUGGAGCGCGCACUACGGAGCGCCAGGCGGGCGCGCGCGGGAGCUGACGCUGCGGCCGGGCGAGCGCGUGAUCGCGGCGGACGGGCGCGCGCUCGCCUGCGUCUGGCGGCUGCGCUGGGUCACGAGCGCGGGGCGCGAGGCCGCCUUCGGCCGCCCGCUCGGCCGCCCGUUCCGCGCCCAGCCCGCGGCCCGGGACGCGCGGCUCCUGACCGUCAACGGCCAGCACCGCCUCCUCUGCCUGUCCGGCAUCGGCUUCAAGUGGGGGUCGGCUCCGGAGGGGCCCGCCACGCCCACCAGGGGACAAGCCACGCCCGCCCAGGGGCCAGCCACGCCCACCCGGGGGCCAGCCACGCCCACCCGGGGGCCAGCCACGCCCACCCGGGGACAAGCCACGCCCACCCGGGGGCCAGCCACGCCCUCCCCGGAGUCAGGGGCGCUCGGCUGGCCGGGCUGGGCGGCCCGGUGA